CCAAUCUCUCCUACAUCAAAGGAAAAUCAAGAUCGUAUCACUAUUAAUGUGGGGGGACUGCACUUCGAAAUCUGCCUGGACCAGCUCGAGCGAUUCCCAACCACAUUAUUGGGUGAUCCAGAGGCCCGACUUAAGUACUACGAUCCGGUUAGAGACGAAUUUUUUUUUAGUCGAAACCGAGCUUGUUUUGAAGCCAUCUUUGCCUUCUAUCAGACGGGUGGCAGCCUUCAAGUUCCAAACAACGUUCCAGAUGAGAUCUUUUUGCGCGAGCUGGAGUUUUUUCGUAUCAAGACUGAAACCUUGUCUGAACACAUGAUGACACGCGAAAGUUUCUAUAAGACGAACAGGGAGAAAUGGUGGAGCGCUACUGCUUUUUGCCUGGCUCACCCUACCAGUUCUCAGGUGGCUAGAGCUUUUGCGGCCACAUCAGUACUAUUCACCAUACUUGCUGUGACUGUGUCCAUUAUUGAAACUCUGCCAGUCUACAAAACCUACUUUCUUGCCUUCCCGUUAAGCUGGAAUGGUUCGAUUGAUGAGGUCGAGAUCUACGAAGACAAUCACCAUUGUCCCCAUUUGGCUUUCUUUUCGUUAGAGACUCUUUGUUUUAGCUUUUUUUUUUUGGAGUUACUAUUACGGUUAUAUACCUUUGAUAUGGUAUCUGCUUUCUUCAAGCGUAGUCUGAAUAUAAUUGAUUUGUGUAGUGUUUCUGCCUAUCUACUCCUGCUGGUUCUAACUCUUGUCUGCUGGCGCUCCCUUCCUUCCGCUCGAAGCGAUGUGAUAUCGCAAGGCUUCAACCUGGUUCGCUUACUUCGGGUUCUCAGAGUCCUCAGACUGGCACGCUAUUCUAUAGGUUUACAGACACUUGGUUCCACGAUGGUAAGCAGCACACAUGAGCUGACAAUUUAUAUGCUCUUCCUCUGUAUUGGCUUACUAAUAUUUGCAUCAUUGAUCUUUAUCUGUGAGUCGGAAAGUGGCAUAAACAGUCUGCCUCAAGCGAUCUGGUGGGCUCUAAUCACAAUGACUACGGUAGGCUAUGGCGAUCUUGUACCUAUAAGCUUGGGUGGAAAGCUUGUAGGAAGCGUUUGCGCCGUAUUUGGUCUCCUCACACUAACUCUGCCAGUCCCUAUGAUCGUCUCAAACUUCACGAUCCUUUACAACCGCUAUCGAGAGCGAGAGCUGAGAGAGAAGGCACAUAUAGAUGCUUUACGUGUUCGCCUUUUAUCUACCUCUCUUAGCAACAUCCAAGAAAGAGUCUGA